CUGAAACGCUGGCUAAGAGAAGGAGAUAGUACAGAGGUAUAACAGAGGUGUCAAAAGAGUUGACAUAAAUGACACUAUAAAAUCCUGCAAGUGACUCUCAUUUUGGACAGAUUUUCUACAUAGAAAUUCUUCGGAAUGGGCAGCAGUGGGACAAACCUACCCAAUGUUACACACACACAUUUGGAGCUGCAGGAUUCUUCUCUCACUAGCCUGGACAAGCCUCUUGAAGAAGGGGCGACUGGGUACUACCUGCCAUUUUGUGACAUUCUAUACAGUGGUGAUGGAGGAAGCUGGCCUCCUAAAAAUCUAGUACCAAGUGGACCCCGAGGUGAAGGGCAAAAAGAACCUGAACAGUGCCCUGUUAUAGAUAGUCAAGGACUUCGCCAUGAACUGGAGUACCAAACUUCAUUACAUCUUGAGGAUCAUUCCCUUGAACAAAUGCAAACCAUGGUAGUGGGAGAAGUUUUAAAAGACAUUGAGACUGCUUGUAAACUUCUUAAUAUUUCUGCAGAUCCUAUGGAAUGGUCUUCGGGUAAUGUUCAGAAGUGGAUACUAUGGACAGAGCACCAAUAUCGACUGCCACAAGUGGGUCGCAGCUUCCAAGACUUAACAGGAAGAGACUUAUGUGCACUGAGUGAAGAUGGCUUUAGAGACAGGUCCCCAUUGUGUGGAGAUGUCUUAUAUGCUCAUCUGGAUAUUUGGAAGUCAGCUCUCUUUACAGCAGCCUGGAUGAAAGAGAAGACAGGACCUGGGGACGUGAGAUAUUGUGCAGGAAAUGGGACUCUAGGAGAAUGCUGGGCAGAUGCUGAGGUUGACUCUUCAAGUUCUGGGCAGCCAAUUCAUUUAUGGCAGUUUUUAAAAGAGCUUUUGCUGAAACCACACAGUUAUGGGCGCUCCAUUCGUUGGCUCAACAAAGAAAAGGGUAUCUUUAAAAUUGAAGAUUCUGCUCAAGUUGCACGUCUUUGGGGAAUCAGGAAGAACCGCCCAGCAAUGAACUACGAUAAACUUAGCCGCUCUAUUCGACAGUACUACAAAAAAGGCAUAAUCCGUAAGCCUGAUGUUUCCCAACGCCUUGUUUAUCAGUUUGUGCAACCACUAUAAAGUCUACACAUUUAAGAAGAUAUGGAAACCUAAGUUAUUAAAUGCCAGAAAGGAAAAGAAUCUAUGUUCUGAGCAACUAGUAGAGCAUGGUUCCUUCUUGUAGACUAUUUUCUACAUUUCAUUUUUGUGAAACAUAGUUAUAGAUUCUGCUCUUUGCCAAAGUGAUCAAGCCCUGGUGCACAUCAUACACAAGCUGUUUGCAAACUGUCAUGCUUCAAGAGACAUUAACCGACACAGGAAAGUCUAAACUAUGCAUUUACUCCGUCUUCUUUACUACCUGCUUGCUUUAGAGGUACUAGAGGUACUCACUGAUGUGAGACCUACUGGACUCAAUGACCUUACAGGACAAUGGGAGGUGGGGAGAGAGCAGGACAGAGUGACCAAAAAGCAUUGCAAGCAUAUUAUUAUUAUAAUAAGAGAACACCUACAAAUUAGAGCAGAACUUAAUGUGAAUGAAUGUUUGUCAGUUCUUAAAACCCUAUGAAGUAAUAUGUUUUAUAAGCAUUAUUUAUUUUAGUAAUAUAACCUGAUCAUUAAACAUAGAAAGCAAGAAUAUGGGUGUAUGGAUAAAAUAUAUCAAUUCAUAGCUAGGUUCAAACUGUAGAUAUAGAAAUAAUAGUGCAUACUAGCAAAAAUGUGAUAAAUCAGUUGUUCCUUUACCUAAACUAGAUUACAAUACUGCCAUACGGUAAAAAAAAAAAAAAAUUAUAUAAAAAAUAUUUGAUUCGUGUAGGAAAAAAUUAUUUGUCCUAUAGAUUCAUAAUUGCUUCACAGAAUUCAAGUAUAUAUAUAUAAUAUCUGUACAUGUUUUUCUUUCAUCUAACAAUGCUGUAGCCAUUUUCUAUAUUGACAAAUUUUUAAAUAGUAUUUCAGUAAGUUGCCAU